AUGUCCUUGUCCCGCAGCCCGUCGCCGGUCCCCGGCGGCGGCUGGUCAAGUCCUGGCCUGAAUCUCAACAGCGGCAGGAAUAGUCCGGCGGCCGUCAGCGGCGGCCCCGUGCAGUGGGAGUCGGCCAAGAUGCGUCACCUUGGGCCGAACGGCUAUCCCUCCUUCUCAACACACAACCAGGGCUUCUUCUCUCGCCACAUGCGCCGCAUAUCGAGCAGCCUACCGCGCUUCAGUCCCACUGUUGACUCCCGCUAUGGCGACAAAGACAAAUUCGGGCGCGGUCGAUGGCCCGGCCAGAACAUUCCCCUGGUCGGAAGGAUAAUAUCCAUCUUUGGUCGCAUGGGACGGAAGAUGAAGAUACGCCUAGUGAUUGGGCUCAUCGCCUUUCUGUGCAUCUACAUAUUCUACCACUCCCCUCUGGUAUACCAUUGGCGGAGAGCCUCCUGGGGCGGCGGCGGCGAAAAGUUCGUCAUCAUCCUGGGUGCCAACGUCGGCGGCGGCGUCAUGGAGUGGAAGGGCGCCCGAGAAUGGGCCAUCGAGAGAGACAGCGUGAGGAACAAGCGCAACUACGUGAACCGUUGGGGCUACGGCCUCGAGGUUGUCGACAUGAAGACGAGGAAGAAGUACGCCCACGAGUGGCGCGAAAGCUGGGAGAAGGUUGACUUCAUGCGGACGGCCAUGAGAAAGUAUCCCAAGGCAGAGUGGUUUUGGUGGCUUGACCUCAACACGAUCGUCAUGGAGCCAUUCUACUCAUUGCAGGACCACAUCUUCGACGACUUAAGCAAGCAUGUCUAUCGCGACAUCAACGAAUACAACCCCCUCAACAUCACACAUCCAUUCACCGAUCCGUACCUCGACCCCGAUGCCCUGAGCCCCACCGGCGACGGCAACUCCGGCUCCAUCAACAUGGUGCUCUCGCAGGACUGCUCAGGCUUCAACCUGGGCUCGUUCUUCAUGCGGCGCAGCGCGUGGACGGAGCGCGUGCUGGACGUCUGGUGGGAUCCGGUGGCGUACGAGCAGAAGCACAUGGAGUGGGCGCACAAGGAGCAAGACGCAUUCGAGCAGCUGUACAAGACGCAGCCGUGGAUUAGGCAGCACACUGCGUUCCUGCCCCAGCGCAGCAUCAACAGCUUUCCCCCGGCAGCCUGCGGCGACGGCAGCGGCAAGAACCACACGCGAUAUCACUACAGCGAGCGGGACCGCGAUUUCCUCGUCAACAUGGCCGGCUGCGAAUGGGGCCGGGACUGCUGGGGCGAGAUGUACCACUACCGCCAGUACAGCUACUGGCUGAACCGGAACCCGUGGGAACGUUUCAAGGAAGAUUUGGUGGCAGUCAUUUGGUUCAAGCUCACUGGCAAGUGGGUCAAGUUAUAA